AAAAAAAAUGGUCAAAUCCCUUCUGAUAGCACUCACACUCUGUGUUAUCUUCUCCCUUGCCAAUGCACAACUUUCCGAAAAGUUGUUAAAUUCCCAAUACGUCCAAUUACAUAGUGCUCCUCUUGUUCCUCAAGGAUGGACUCGUUUCUUUGACCAUGCCAACAUUUCUCCAAACAUCGUUGGUGAAGUUUUGAAUAAUCAACGUACCAAGAUUACCUUUGCUUUGCAUUCCCAAAAUCUCGAAGUUUUGAACUCUAAAUUUGAAGCCAUCACUGAUCCAGAAUCACCACUGUUCAGAAAGUACAUGACAAUGGAUGAAGUUGCCAAAUUGACCUCUCCUCACUCCUCCCACAAGUCCAUGGUUAUGGAAUAUAUUAAAUCCAUUCCAGAAGCCAAGAUUGUCCAAGUUUCUGCUCAUGAAAACUUUGUUACUGUCGAUAUGCCAUUAAAGUCCAUCGAUCGUUACUUUAAAACUAAGAUGACUCCAUUCAUUCAUAAGGAAUCUGGUAAGAUUAUCUAUCGUUCUGAACAAGGUUUCGCUCUCCCACAACCAUUGUCCUAUGCUGUCAAGACUUUGAUUGGUGUUCACAAUUUCCCAGUUUUCCAACAUAAGGCCAAGCAAACUCGUGUCAUGGCCAGUGAUUCCCUCACUACUCCACAAGAACUCUGGAGAAGAUAUAACAUUUCUCUUCCAACAAGCACUUCACCAAAGAGCUCACAAGCUGUUGGUUCAUUCUUAGGUCAAUAUGUUUCAGUUGAAGAUUUGCUCCAAUUCCAACAAACUUACAAUUUGCCAAUUACCAAGCCAACCAUUAUUGGUCCAAAUGUUGAUUCUGAACCAGGUGUUGAAGCUGCUCUCGAUAUUCAAUAUAUUAUCUCAACUGGUUAUUUGAUUAAUACCACAAUUAACUCCACUCCAAAGAAGUACGAUGAUGAAGAUCCAUUCAUGUAUUGGGCCAUUGCUCAACAAAAGAUGGGUGACAAGAGUGCUUGGGUUCAUAGUAUUUCAUAUGGAGGUGUUGAAAAGUACAUGCCAAAGGAUUACUUGACUAGUCUCGAUUUGGAAUUCCAAAAGUUGACCAUUACUGGUAGAUCAAUUUUGAUUGCUUCUGGUGACAAUGGUGCUCGUUGUUCUGAUUCUGGUGAUUCUUUCGAACCAGAAUGGCCAACUUCCUCUCCAUUUAUUACUUCAGUUGGUGCUACUCGCCCAGAUUCCAGAUAUGUUGAAAGAUCUGUCAGUUGGGGUGGUGGUGGUUUCUCUGCAUUCUAUCCACGUCCAAAGUAUCAAGCUGAUGCUGUCACUGCUUAUUUGUCUCAAAAUGCUGUUCCACCAACCACUUAUUUCAAUGUUAAUGGUAGAAUGUACCCAGAUAUUGCUGCUCUCGGUGUUGAUUAUCAAGUUGUUGUCAAUGGACAAAUCCAAUCUGUUGCUGGAACUUCUGCUUCCACUCCUGCAGUUGCUGGUAUUAUCUCCUUAUUGAAUGAUUUGAGAUUCAAGGCUGGUAAGGGUCCUUUGGGUUUCUUGAAUCCAUGGUUGUACAAGGUUGUUUUGAAUACUAAGGGUGCUACUUUCGAUAUUGUUCAAGGUAACAAUGCUGUUUCUCCUUGCCCUGGUUUCCCAGCAACACAAGGUGCCGAUGCCAUCUCUGGUGUUGGUGUUCCAAACUUUGCUGUUUUGGCUAAACUUGCUGUCCAAAGUGCUUAAAUAAAAAAAGAUUUUAUAUUAGAAA